AUGAAUUACCACCCGCAGAGAAGAGGGAGUCGGACUUUGGAAAGGUCACUUAGCUAUUCCGAAGCUAUUGGAAACAGGGCUGACACUCCUCCGAUUGAGAUCCCAACCCUGGACAACACAGAUGUAUACUUCAAUGAAGAACUAAAGAAGCAGUACAGGAUCUCCCAAACUUACGUCGAAGGCAAGGAAAUAUCGUUCCCACCUAUCCUGACAAAUAUCGACACGAAUGACCCAGUGCCAUCAAGUGGAGAUGGAUUGCAAACGGACUCACAGUAUUCCAGUGAAGAUGAGCAGACUGGAUGCAUUAUGAUGACCAUAGAUGUGGAGCCCGACAGUCCAAAGACUUCAGAAUCUACAAGACAUUAUUCGAAUGCUACUACUCAGCCGGUCAACAGUUUUCAGAGUCCCAGUGAUUUUUACGAUAAGAUAGAGCGCGAUAUUGGAAAUGACAAUGAUAUGUAUAGCACCAUAGGCACGACGGACACUACUGGACCUUCAGCGUAUACGUAUUCGGCUCCAUACACAAAGAGGUCAAAGAAAGGUACUAGGCAUAGACGCAAGCGCGGCCGGCCGGUGCGCUCGCGACGCGUGGUCCACAAGAACGGCGACGAAAACGUGCCCGUGCGCAGCAAUAUACCCGCCAAGUCCAUCAAGUACAUGCGAGACAUCGUCAACACAGUCAUCAACAGCAAAUGGCGGUUCCUGCUCCUCAUGAUGGUGCUCCUACACUUUGUAUUCUGGUUCACGUUCGCCGGCAUCUGGUACGCGGUGGCCAACUCCUACCAGGAAGACAUUGGAGACGGGAAGGAACACUGCGUGACCGGGACUUCGUCCUUUGCGGGGCUCUUGAUGAUGUCCGUGGAAACUCAGAUGACAAUCGGCUAUGGUGUCCGAUUUCCCAAUGAAGAAUGUCCUGAAGCUAUAAUAGUCAUGGUUCUAGAGAUAGUAGCCGGGACAGCUCUCUCGGGCGGUCUAGUCAGUUUACUGUACACAAAGCUGGUGCGGCCCAACAGACACGUCUCAUCGGUUGGGUUCAGCAAGAAAGCUACGGUAUGCCUCCGUGACGGUGAGCUCUGCCUUCAGUUCCGGGUGUGGGACCUUCUAAACCUGCACAUCAUCAGCAGUUCCAUCACCGCGUAUAUACUGAAGCCCAUUCGGACAUUGGAAGGCGAGCUGGUGCACAACUACAUUCACCAGCUGAAGCUGAAGAAUGCAACUGCGUUCUUACUGUGGCCCAUCACGGUGGUUCACGUCAUAGACGCAGACAGCCCCCUGUACGAGUUCUCGGCUGAGGACAUGAUGGACUAUAGAUUCGAAAUAGUGGUGUGCCUAACUGGAUCUUCGAAGAACAUGGGCACAGUCACGCAGAGCAGGACGUCCUACUUGUCCAAAGAAAUCAUUUGGGGAUACAGAUUCAAAAAUGUAUUAACAUACUCCAAAAAGAAAGAAUCCUACAUCAUCAACGUGGACGAACUAGACACUGUGGAACAAGUCCCGACGCCUCUCUGCAGCGCCAGCCGGCUCAAAUGCUUCGAAGAGGACAUCAAGUCUUCCGACCAGGUUGUCUCUACCCCUACUUACUUGUCCCCUUCCCCUACUUACAUGUCCCCUUCCCCUACUUACAUGUCCCCUACCCCUACUGAACUGUACAAUGAAGACUCGUCUCAGCCUACCGAGUCGAUACCGUCGACUCCGAGUUUCAGCAGAAAUGGAACUCAGAGAAGUUUUGGAUGGAACUUCAAGAAGUAUCCCACAACAGUUGUGCAAGGCAACGAUGUUACGAGCCACUUUUGACUUCGUAUGUAGAGACAAACUAUAAGAAAUGAAAUAUGUUUUAUUUUGCCCGCGGCUUCACCUGCGUGAAAUUUCGUUAGUCACAGAUCGUCAUAAAUUAUAGCCUAUAAUAUGUUAUU